AUGAGCGUGGGUGCAAUUCCAGCCGCCUCUGCGAUUACCCAGCCAAGUCUAGCUGAGCCCGCCUUCUCAACAUCCAAGCCACCCCUUGGACGAAGGAUGAUCUUCCAGUGCUCGCUCGGCAGUCGAGAUCCAGCCUGCAAGAUGAUGUCCGACGAGCUAAACGUGAUCAAUGACGAGGACAAGGGUCGCAAUGUCACCAAGAACAAGAUGUACGUGACGGCGGGCGCCGUUGGUGCGUGUGUCGUGGUGCUGAUGCUCCUGUCGGUCGCCUCGAUCGGCUCCAGGAAAUCCAACGAAGAAAUGGGUUUCGUAAAGAGACAGAUAAACGUCGCCGGCACGUGCAGAUCUCAAGCCUGCAACCAACUCAGCACAACGUUAAACAAGAGUCUGAGCCGCAAGGAAGCUCCUUGCCAGAACUUCUAUCGCUUUGUCUGCUCUGGGAAACAGAACAGCGAGGUAGAACAGAAGCAGGCUGCUUUGCAAGAGAGUAGUUUCGGAUCAUCCUGGGUAAUUGAGACACUAAAGGAGUCGUUUCGUAAAGUGGAGUCAAACCCCAAGAUUCCGGUACGGUCCCAGACGGACGCGCAAAAGUUUCUGACCUUCUACCUGUCCUGCUAUCACAGCCUGGCACCGGGGUCUAGGAAUGUACGAAGCAUGAAGCACUACAUGCGCAUGUUUAAUUUCAGCUGGCCUAAAGUGAAACCCCGCGAACUGAACUCGUUCGACCUCUUAGUCCGAAUGGAGCUAGACUUUAAUAUCGGGGCCUUCUUCAGGUUUGGGAUCUCUUUGAAGAGGCAGAACGCCUGGGACUUUACGCUUAAGCCACCAAAAAUAUCCAAGUUCAUGUUUGCACCCACGAGGAAAGAGAAGUACAGGAAGUACUUGGAGAAGGUUGUCCGAACCAUGGGUGGUGGCCUCAAGCAUGGUAGCAUUGUAGAUGCGAUAGCGAAAUUCGAAGAGGAGCUUUUCGAGCUGGCUGUCAUGGAAAACAAACAACGAGUGUACCUACGGAACUUGUCAAUGCUGACACCAACGAUCAGUCCCGAGAUGUGGAUGGAUACGUUCAGCAAAUAUUUCGUACUGUCAAAGUUUAUGGAGAAUCACACUAUGUUGAUCACAAGCCCAGAGUACUUCACGAAGCUCUUCAACUCGCUUUCCACUAAAGAAGGCGCACUGUAUUUGGGUUGGAGGAUCUUUCGAUUCGGCAGUUGCUUCACAAACGAGUUCAGGACACUAGAAGAGAGCAUGGAAAUGAACGUGGACUCUUGCAGUCAUCCAGUGAGCGAUGCUCGCGAGUACUGCAGAGAGUACGCAUCAAAGAUGAUGCUACCACAAAUGAUAGCGUUUGCGACGGAAUCGCUGACAAGCAAGAAUGAGGUGCGGUCAGUGGUCAACAUCGCGGACAAUGUGAAGAGGGAGAUGUCCAAGGGCCUCAGUUUGAAUCCGUGGCUGGACAACAGCACGAAGCUAACGGCCAUGCAGAAAGUUCAAAGCAGUCGUCUCGUACUGCCAGAGAUUGGCCUCCGAGCCGACAACACCAGUGUGUCCUCAUUUCCCGACUUGGGAGCGGACUUCCUUGAAAACUGGGUACGAGUCAUCCCACACGCCGGCUUUCCAGCCAGGGAGUAUGAAAUCGAAGAAUCCAUGCGUAGGCUCCACGACGACCACAUCAAGUACGACGUCUACACCAACGAGCUGCACCUCCCAAUCGCUAGCACCAAGGGACCACUCUACUCCGCAGACCUUCCCGUGUCAGCUAUCUACGCUGUGCUCGGCAGAAUCAUUGCGCACGAGCUUCUUCACGGACUCGAUGCGCAAGGGCGCGAUAUCAACAACGGCCAGGCCCAAACAUGGUGGAGCGAGGACUUUGCCGACGCGUACAACGCCAGAGCAGCCUGCUACGUCAACCUGUACGAAAAUGUCGGCGACUACACUAACAACACGAUCCAGGAGGACAUCAUAGACAACGCAGCAGUAAGAUACGCGUACGCUGCUUUCAAGGCGGCCCUGCCUUCGGACAAAGUGGCCAACGUGCUCGGCGGUUUGAGCACUUUCAGUCCCGACCAGACCUUCUUCAUUACAUACUGCCACAGCUUCUGCGAGAACACGACUGACCAUCCGGGAGCACACGGUGGCUGGACAAAGUACUCCGACGGACACAACCGCUGCAACGUGCCGCUGAUGAACAUGGAAGAGUUUGCACACGCAUUCUCGUGCACGGCGCAAGAGCCAAUGAAUCCUGCGAAGAAAUGCUACCUCUGGUAA